AUGCGAAGGGCCUGGUGCGUUUUCGAGAUGGCUGCCUUCAUGAAGGCGCAUGGAGAGGAUGCGAAGCUUGUGAUACGACCGACGUUCUUUGGACCCUGCAGCGUUGCCAGCGUUGCAGGGCUGGCAGGUGUUCUGGUGGUGAAUGUCACUACCUUCUACUUUACGAACGGAUACAUCGCUGUGGUCGCCACCGCAGCUGCUAACCUCAGACUUGCCCUCCUACUGCUGUCGGUAACCAGCUUCAUGUUUGCCGCAGUGUCUUCUUUUCGCAGGUACUACGCUUCAGUUGAGGAGAUGCAGAUGCAACUGAAGGAUUUCGCCAUCGAGGAUACCUUGACCUACUGCUGCACUAGGAAUCACCGGGACGAAUCCGGAAAUCCCAUUCCGAUUUGCGACAGGCAAAUAAUCGUCGACUGCAUCGUCGCUUGGUUCGGGUCGACGGAUGCCUUCAAUCAGAGGGUGCGGGAGAGAAUGCAGGCCGCCCUGGUGCCAAAGUUGGGCCACCUCUCUUUCUCGUACUCUUGGAUGGUGGCUUGCUGCAUUCCUUAUCUCUGGGCUUCCAUGGCCCCGGUCUUUCUCAACGCACUCGUCGAAGACUGGAGUUACAGUGCUGACUCAGCAUUGCGCAUCAUCGCUUGGUGGCUAGGAGGCUUUCCCAUUAUGGGAUUGAGCGUACUUGCAGUUUCGAAAGUGACAAGUAGGCAGUGCUCACGCUGCAUCAGCUUCCUUGUCAACUUGCUGGCUUCGUGGAUUAUCAUGCCCAUCUACAUCGGCAUUGAGCUGUGGAUUACCAUGUUGGAGCACACGUAUCCCUUCCCGACAGGGCAAGCCCUGUAUGUCGGCUCCCUGCUAGCCGUCGCACAUUGCUUCGCCGUGUUUCACCGGAGUUUAUGUGAAGCCACAGCAGCUUUUUUCUCCUCGGUGCAGAAGGGCGAUCUUCCGCUCCGGGACGUGGCGGACAGGAACUUCGCAUCCAGUUCUUUCGCGCUUCUCUUUGCCUUGCCGGGGCUCGAAUUGAUAGCAAACGCUUCCAUCAAACGGCAGACAACAUCAAGCGCUGUGGAGCCACAACCCAAACGUCACAAGUGUCAUCAGUGCAAGCUGGGCGAUUCGUGCAAUCCCGAGAAUGCCGAGGUCGGUGUAGAGUUUCUCCAGCGCAAGUUGUCGCUGGCACCCCGCCGGCCCCACGUUCUCCUGUUCGUCGCGGACGAUGUGGGCUGGGCGGGCCUGGGCGUCCACCGAACUGCCAGAAACACAGCUGAGGCUCAGGGCAAGGCGGAGACGCAGACUCCCAACCUGGAUGCCUUGGUCCGGCAAGGCGUGCUUCUGGAGAGGCACUACACAUCGUCAACAUCGGCGCCGUCGAGGUCCUCCUUGCUGAGCGGCCGUUUGCCUCGCCGAUUCCCCCAGGUACCUGAGGGCAUUUCGACUCCCCAGAUGUUUUGGAAUCCACAGGAUAACGUUUCUGGCUUCUACGGAAUCCCGAGAAACAUGACUGGCAUUGGUCGCAAGAUGAAGGAAGCUGGCUACGCGACACAUUUCAUUGGCAAGUGGGAUGUCGGCUUCGCCACGCCGGAACAUGCCCCCCUCGGCCGAGGCUUUGACUCGUUCUUGGGCAACUUGCAAUCCAUGAAUGACUAUUGGUCCAAGGACCACGCAGGUGAGAAGUGGCUACUGGAUACUUGCUUGAACAAUUUUCAGGAUUUCUCGCUUCACAAUGCUACGUACCGUGGUGGUGUGGAAGGAGCGGUGGCUGCUGAACUGGGCUGCGGUGAACGCGUGAAAGGCAAGUCCUUCACAGAUAUUGGCUGCAACAAGGAUGAUCGCAAGGAGUGUUUGCCAGAGAGCUGCUUCGAAGAGUCCAUGUUUCUGGAGUAUGCCACGAAGCUCCUCAAAGAUCACGAGCCUUCAACGCCCCUGUUCCUGGUCUACUCGUCACACCUUGUGCACGUCCCUCUGCAAACGACACGCUCGGCCCUGAAACUGGAGGAGGCCGUCCAAGGAGUUCUUGCAAAGGCUGGUCUGGAAAGGAAGUUUGCGUGGACGAAGCGUCGAAGGGCGCUAGCUGCAAACCUGAUGUACUUGGACGGUGUCAUGGGGAGACUGGUUGACGCUUUGAAAGAGCGGCAGAUGUUUGAAGACACCCUAAUCAUCUUUAUUUCUGACAAUGGUGGCUCCGUUCACCUGAGAGGAGGUGGCAACAACUAUCCACUGAAAUCCGGAAAGGCAGCCGACUUUGAAGGAGGGGUGCGAACAAACGCUUUCAUCUCGGGGGGCUUCGUCCCAGCCGAGCACAGGGGCAGCACCUUCCAUGGCGUGAUUCACAUCGCGGACUGGUACGCCACGCUCUGUGACCUUGCCGGGGUGAGUCAUUUCGACCAGGCAGCUGCCGACGCCAACAAAGUCCAGCGUGUGAAGAAUCUGCCACUCUUAGGAGAUGUAGAUGGCCGGCCACAGAUGCAGCACAUCCUUUCCGGCAGUAAUGGCCGCCCGGAUGCCUUGCACUUGAGCAGACACGCAGUUCUCAAGUGGCCCUACAAACUGGUUACGGGGGAGCAGGAAUUCAGCUUCUGGCCUGGCCCUGUGUUUCCAAAUUGCAGCAGCGUCCAUCCGGAGUUCCCACGAGUGGAUGUCUUUGGGCACGGGGUCCGAAUCGAAGCUGACGACUCGACCUACAGGGAGUAUGCCAUGGUAGAGGAUUGCGGCACAGGAUGCCUUUACGAUAUUGAGGCCGACCCUGGUGAGCAUGCAAACCUCGCCAAUCAAGCGCGGUACCAGGCCGUGCUGACAGACCUACAGGAGGAGCUUGAGCGUCUGAACAAAGACGCUUCCACGGCAGCGUUGGCCAAGAGUUUACGGUGGGGUUUGUAA